AUGAAACUCAAAGAUGAUUCAUAUGCUAUGGGAGAAUUUGAAGCUAUGAGAAGCCAGUAUCAGCAAGCUCUUUACCAACUGGUAUCGAUAGCAAGUGGUUCUGAAAUACCUCUAACUUUACCAGCUACAUGGCCUAUUACAAGAUGUGGUCUAGAAUGGUCCCGAUAUCACAAAGAAUUUGAAGAACUUUACUUUAUUGCUAGAGGUGGUUUUGGUACUGUAUUUAAAGCCCGCCACAGAUUGGACGGAGUUGAAUAUGCUGUUAAGAAAGUAUUCAUCAAGUCUUCAGAUGUUGAUUCCAUUAUGUCUCAUCGUGCUGAAGUUAAAACUGUAGCUAGUCUUAACCUUAUAGUUAAUUACAAAGCAGUCUGGUUGGAACCUUUAAUAGAAUCAACUGUCAAAAAGAAACGCAAAUACUUCAUGGAUACAGACAGUGAUGAAUCAAUAAAUUCAAACUGUGUUUCAUCAGUAUACUCAAAUUUAAUGAAGUCAUUUAAAACAUACAAUUCAAAAGAACUAACAAAUAAACAUUGCCAGUCAGAUUUUGUUAUAUUUUUUGAAAACUCAAAGUUAAUUUUAAGCAACCUUGAGAAGCGGGCCUCGGCAGACGUGCUUCCUGUGCGCGUGGCGGGCGCUGUCCCGGAAAAUGUGUUCUUUGAAGACAUAUCAGGCGCAUGCGACUAA